CACUGGGCAGAGCAGUUGCAUAAAACGUCGACAAGGAAGGAAAUAGAAUAUGGCGAAGUUUGGAUGUAGAAGUGUUAACCCAACACCUUAUUAUCUGGUGUCGCAUUGUAUUGGUAGUUUUGGAAAGUUUGACUCUUUAAAGUUACAUAUUUGGUAGUUAUUAUAAUCUGAAGUAAUUAAAUCUAAUUUAUUUCUUUUCUUGCGGCUUUGGAAGUUUGAUUUUGUUUUUCUGCGUAAGAUAGUAUUGCUAUCUAGUGUUAAAUUAUCACAUCUGCCAGCGACCACAUUUUUGUUCACGUGAACUCGUGAACAUGGAUGAAGAAUGGGAUGCUGAUACCUUCGAACCGCAAGAAAUUAAAACGGCGCUGUCUGUGGGUGCCAAUAAGUGGGAAGGAGAGGACGAAGAUGAAGACGUAAAAGACAAUUGGGAAGAUGAAGAGGAGGAAGAGAAGAAGGAUGUAGAGAAACAAGAAACCGCAAAACUUGUCCAAGCAAGAAAAACCAAGAAAAGUCUAGCAGAAAAAAUAGAAGAGAAAGAACAAAGACUCCGUGAAGAAGCAGAGAUGAAAGCAAAAGAUAGAGAAAGGCAGGAACUGACGGCAGAGGAAAUACUUGCAGAAAAGCUGCAACAGCAGAAGUUGCAGGAAGAAUCUGAUUUGCGGGUAGCUAUGGAGACUUUCGGUGUUGCCGAGACCAGCACUGCUGUCGGAAUAGAUGUAAUAAAUCCAAACAGUAGCGAAGAAUUAGAUGAACUCCAAACAGCAAUAUCGAAAAAAAUCCAGUUGUACAACAAAUCUCCACAUUUCCCAGCAUUUGCAGAGGACCUGAUUCGGAAUAUAUGUGUAAAUUGUAAGUACAGCAAUACAGAAAUAAUCUGAAGAAAAGUUAAUGUA